AUGGCGCUCCAGCUUCCCCAGGCUACCCCCAGGCGGUUUCCAGUCGCUUCCACUACCAGAGGUGUCAGCCUUGAACAAGGGUUUGCUCGAAGUUCAGGCUCAAGGCAAACCACAUUUCACAGACGAGCCGAGCCGGUAGACACAAUCUUGUUGGCAUGCCUCGGUGGCGUUUCGUGCCGGUUGGCCGCCAAAAGGGUCGGCCACAAAGGCCGUGCGCGUCGUGUUGCUCGAUCAGCGGGCCUUUUGAACAACAUCAAGGAUUUUUUUGCCAAAAACCUGGCGAGUGACGGAGGCAAAAACAAUGGCAACCCAGAUGCAGUUAGAAUUCGGGUAAGCUCCGGAAUGUCGAUUGGGCAGCCAUUCUGCGGCGAGUACGAGGAGCAAGAGCAUCAGUGCAACGGGCGGCCGGUGUACAUGAAGCUCGGGCUGCCCGCCAACAGCCAGGCCGUCUAUCUGCUCUACAAUGAAGCCAACCAGUGGGCAUUUACGCCCCAUGCAGAUGGACGCCCCGAUGGGUGGGCGUUUGUUACGGAUCCGGCGCUGGAUCCGCCGACGAUUGCUGGUACAUUCAGCAUUUGGGAUGGUUCCGAGUGGGUGCCUGACACCACUUUGAAGCUGCUGGUACCUGGCCAAAUCCCAGUCCAGGAAGCCGCGCAGGUCGAGGUCGUGAAGCAGCCCUCCGGAUUGCAGGAUAUCGAGCACGCAGAGCCAGCACAGCCGGUAAUUGCGCAGACAGCACUUCCAGACAAGGUCAAGAACUUGAGCUUGCUCCACUGGAAGUCUCAUUGGAAAGCAUCUCAGCGCUGCCUCGUGAAGUGGCCAGAAGGCCCACCAGAUCUGGAGAAGAAGUUGCUGCCUUCUCACCCUGGUGUGCGUCGUGGGGUGCUUCCGAACGGACUGAGAUACGUGGUGCUUCGCAAUGCUAUGCCACCGAAACGCUUCGAGGCUCACAUCGAGCUGCAUGUGGGCAGCAUUGACGAGGAUCCAGAUGAGCAGGGCAUUGCUCACAUGAUGGAGCACGUUUGCUUCCUGGGCAGCCGUAAACGAGAGAGAUUGAUUGGCACUGGAUCCCGGUCCAACGCCUUGACAGACUUCCAGCAUACCAUCUACCAUAUCCACGCGCCGGUCAAAAUGGAAGAUGGCCGAUCGAUGUACCCUCUGGCUUUAGAGGCCUUGAGUGAGAUCGCCUUCGGUCCCGAAAUGCUGAAUCAUCGCAUUGAGAAGGAGCGCAAGGCCGUGCUGGCAGAGAUGCAGCAGGUGAAUGAUAUGGAGUAUCGUAUCGAGACUUGGACGCUCUCGGGCCUCCACGAGACCAACAAGCUGGGAUCGCAGUUUCCCAUCGGGAAAGAGGAGCAGAUCAAGGCCUGGCAGCAGAAGGACCUUCGCAACUUUCACGAGAAGUGGUACUAUCCUGGAAAUGCCACGCUCUAUGUCGUGGGAGACUUGGAUGAGACGGAAAUGAUCGACGGCAUCAAGAAGGUGUUCGAGCACGCACAAGCGAGACACAAGCCAUCUCCGGACUCUGCCAUCAUGGACCCUGUGUGGGGCGAGGAGUCGGCGGACUCUCGAUCUCUCUUUCGACGUCGAAUCGCCCGUCACCGACCCGAACAGCUUCACAACUUUAGCCUACCGAUGAUUGGCACGAAAGACGUUUUCACAAAGGCGAUGGUCCGAUCCUCAAACGUGCGGGUGGAGACGUCGGACAUUUCUGUGGCAGCAAGGAUCAUCGCCUUGUUCCCAGAGAAAUUACGACCUCAACAAAGACUUCGAGAUGCUCUAUCAGACCUUGGGAAGCUCUGUCAGAAGCCUGAGGCCAACAUCAUCAAGCUGCCGAAUGUCAGUGCUAGUGUGCCGCAGUUGAAGGAAGCCAUCAAGGAGCUGCAGGGUCAAGGCUAUGGCAUUCCCGACUAUCCUGAAGAUCCGAAGGAUGACGAAGAGAAAAAGGUGCAAGAGAAAUACAAGAAGGUCUUGGGGAGUGCAGUCAACCCCGUGCUACGCGAGGGAAACUCGGACCGACGCGCUGCUUCGAGCGUGAAGAACUAUGCCAAGAAGCAUCCGCACAGGAUGGGUGCUUGGACUGCGGACUCCAAGACGCACGUUUCCUCCAUGACGGAGGGUGAGCCGGGAACGGGGGUCCCUUGCAACCCCAUUCAACUCAACCCCAGAGCUGGUGCUGGGUGGUGUGCGUCUGUGACACUUGGUGACCUCACACUGCAAGGGGACUUCUUCGGAAGUGAGCGGUCAGUGACGCUCGAAGCCGACACUGUCAAAAUCGUCUUCGAGUCGGAUGGAGGGUCCACGACGACCUUGAAGGAGAAAUUAUCGCUGGUGAAGGGAGAGAUUUUGGAUGCUGCUGCCAUGUCCACAGUCAAGCUCAGGGAAUAUUUGGAGAAGGAGAUCAAUGAUGCGAAAGCUAAGGACGUAAUGCUGUCCCUGCACCUGAAGGCCACCAUGAUGAAGAUCAGCGACCCGAUCCUUUUUGGGCACGUUGUCAGCAUCUACUUCAAGGAUGUUUUUGCAAAGUACGAGGCGGAGUUCAAGGCCUUGGGUGUGAACCCCAACUUCGGACUGGAUGACCUGUACAAGAAGCUGGAGAAGAGCGAGAAGAAGGCCGAGAUUGAAGCAGCCAUCAUGGAUACGUACAAGGUCCAGCCACGACUGGCAAUGGUGAACUCGGACAAGGGAAUCACGAACUUGCAUGUGUCCAGCAAUGUCAUCAUUGAUGCUUCCAUGCCGGCAAUGAUCAGAGACGGCGGCAAGAUGUGGAACAAGGAUAACAAGCUGGAGGACACGAAAUGCCUUAUCCCGGACCGCUGCUACGCAGGAUGUGCUCCCAUUCUCUGUGCGAUCAGCUCGGAUGCGAAGGUUCCAAAUGUUGGACUGAUGGCCCAAAAGGCAGAGGAGUACGGGUCUCAUGACAAGACCUUCGAGAUGAAGGAGUCCGGCACGGUGAAGAUCAUCGAUUCCUCCGGCAAGGUUUUGCUGGAGACCAAGGUGGGAGCCGGGGACAUCUGGCGCGCGUGCCAGACCAAGGAUGUUGCGAUUAAGGACUGGGUGAAGCUCGCCAUCACCAGGGCCAGAGCCUCGAGCACUCCAGCCAUCUUCUGGUUGAACAAGGUGGAAGCGUACUUGAAAGACCAUGACACUUCCGGCCUGGAGAUUAGCAUCAAAACGCCCGAGGAGGCCUGCCUGGAGUCCUUGCAGCGGGCCAAGGAUGGCAAGGACACCAUCUCCGUGACGGGCAACGUGCUGCGAGACUACAACACAGACCUUUUCCCGAUCCUGGAGCUCAACACAAGUGCUAAGAUGCUUUCGAUCGUGCCGAUGCUUGCGGGCGGCGGCAUGUAUGAGACAGGGGCUGGUGGAUCUGCUCCAAAGCACGUUGAGCAGUUUGUCGAGGAAGGACAUCUGCGUGACAGGCUUAGCAGAGGCUGGGAUUCCUUGGGCGAGUUCCUCGCCCUGGAGCCAUCAUUGAUGGACAUUGGCACCAAGGGUGAGAACAAGAAGGCCAUAGUGCUGUCCAAGGCGCUGGGGGCGGCCAUCGAGAAAUUCUUGGAAGAAAACAAGUCGCCCUCGCGGAAGGCUGAAGCCAGGGUAAACGAAAUCGACAACCGUGGCAGCCACUUCUACUUGUGUCUCUACUGGGUGGAGGCUUUGGCCAAGCAGGAUGAAGACGAGCAGCUGAAGGCCCAGUUCACGGCUGGCUUGGCCAAGCUGAAGGAAGGCGAAGCUCAAAUCUCAGAGGACCUGGUGAAGUGCCAGGGAAAGCCGGUAGACAUUGGUGGCACUUUGAACUACAUCAUGCAUUGGAAGCCCUUGCGAAAGCCGACUUUUACGAAGGUGAAGCAGGUUGUGAUGGUGAAGGGCUUCAUCCGCCUGAAUGUGGACAAGUGGGCAGUUCUGAAGCCCGCAGAGACACCUGUCGAGUUCAGCGUGGACGGGAAGAAUGAUAUCUCCGCUGUGGAAUAUGAGCUUACAGCUGCCGCCUUCGAUCCCGAAAACGGCGGCAAGCCCUGGCACGGACCUCUGCGCAUCUUCCGGAACGAGUUGCUCGAGGGCCUGCAGCUCAACUUCUACGCCAAGAUGCCAGUGCGCCCUCUACGCACCUACGAGGACAUUCGGAAUCUCAUCGCUGUCCGAAUCCUCGUGGGCGUCCUGCAGUUCCGCAUUGUCUCGCGGUACUCCUCGAACCAUGCACCCGUCCAAAUUGAUCACAGUGACUCCUUCCGUGAAGGCUGUGCUGUGACCUCAAUCACGGUCAAUGCGGAUCCUCGGGACUGGCGCAAUGCUCUGGCCUGCGUACUGCAAGAGAUUCGUGCAAUCUGCGACUAUGGCAUCACUGAAAGUGAGAUGAAGCGGUACAUGGAUGCUAUGCUGAAGGACGUGCAGAAGGGUGUGCAAGAGAAUGACACGGUGCCCUCAGAAGAUCAUCUCAACUUCAUCAUGACAAGCGAUGUCUUCGACCACGUAGUCAUGCACCCGGAGCAGUCCUACGCUGCCUUUAAGGAGGUUGCUCCAACUGUGACCAUGGAGCAGGUUCAUGCAACAGCCAAGUGGAUGCUUGGUUUCAUCGGCUACUACGGCUUUGCUACUGCACCCCCGGUAACUGCCAUUGUCGUGUGCACUCCAACGCAGGUCUACGAGGAGCACACGGGCAAAUGGGUCCCCUUCAGCAUAACCGAGCAGGAGAUCGUAGAGCUGCUCAUUUCGGUACCUGACAAGACGAAGGAGGAGGCGUUGAAUCAGGUGGAUGUGCCGGAAAACCUGCUAGCAGGAGACAAGUUGGAGAAGCUGCUGCCACCGAGUCCCAUUGAUGCCAUGACCGCAUGGAGGGCGUCUUCACGAAAGGUAGAUGAUGCCACAGGAAUCGUGCAGCUCAUGUUGCCGAAUGGGGCGCGCGUCAAUUAUGCAUGCACUCCGAACGAGUCUCAAGGAACGAUGCGCAUGCUGGUUCCUGGUGGUCGGUCCUCGGACGAGCCGGAUGAGCUGGCUUCAGCUAUGGUUGGCAUCCGGACCAUCUCCGAAUCCGGAGCUGUCAGCGACUUCUCGCGAGAGCAGAUUGAGCUGUUUGCAGUCUCAAACUUGAUGAGUGUCCAUCUGGACUUGAAUCUCGAGUUCUGUUACAUUGAUGCAAACUUCACCAAUACUACGGGUGGCAGCUCGGCUGUUUUCGAGCUGCUGCAUCUGCUCUUCCAGGAGCCACGCUGGGAGGUGCCAGCCUUCGUGAGGGCCCAGCAAGCCUACAAGGCUCAGGCAUACGCCGUCCAGAAAUCCUUGGAGCAGAGCACCAUGGAUCGGCUGAUGCGGAUGAUGUACUCCGACCCGCGUGUUUCCGAAGCGAAGAUCGACGACCUCAACAAGCUCACCCUGGCCAAGGUUCGCAGAGCUGUGAGUGGACAGCUCCGACCGCAGGACUUGGAGAUCAACUUGGUUGCCGACUUCGAAGGCCGAGGGCAUGGCAAAAUGGCGAGCGUGGAGGGCGGACUCAGCACCGGCAAGCAUCGCGAGGAGGGAGAAGUCGAACCGGAGGAGGUGGAGCUUCCCGAGGCAGCGAAGCAACGCAGGUUUCUGGAGCUGGACGAGGCUUUGUGGAAGUACUUGGGAUCACUUCCUGCCAGCGAGGUCAAGCAGGUCAACCUUGACCGCCAUCCGCAGAUCAACAAGGGCGAGGAGAUGUCACCGGAAGACCGGCAGCGUUCAGCGCACAUCGAGGACAGCGACGAGCGAGCGGUUGCCAACAUCGGUGGCGGUGCACCAAACCGCUGGGGCAAAGGCGACAAGUACCAUCAGGAGAUGAUGGUGGGCAAAAAGUUCUCCUGGGAUGCACCGAAUUCCAAGCUCAAGGAUCAUCCGCUCUACCCGUCGAUGUGCCUCAUGGCCAUGAAAGAGGUCAUCAAUACGCGGCUCUUCUCCACAGUGCGCGAUUCGCUGGGAUUGUCCUACGACUGUAGCUUUGAGCUCUCACUGUUCGACCGACUGGAGGCUGGAUGGUACAGCUGCACCGUCAGCGCCCACCCGUCCAGGAUCAUGGAGGCGGUGAACGCAGCCAAGGGCGUGCUCCAAGGCGUGAAGAGACGCCCGAUUUCAGAACUGGAGCUCUCCACUGCGCGGAGGACAUUGCUGCGCCGUCAUGAGACCGAACUCCAAACCAACGAGUAUUGGAUCUCUUUGUUGACCCACCUGCAGUAUGAUAAUCCAAAGGAUAUCAGCUGCGUGCGGGAUAUCGAGAUGAUGCUCGAUGCGCUGACAUGGAGAGAUGUGCAGAAUGCUUAUUUGACGCUUCUCACCGAGCCGGACCAGCUUUUUGUGUCUGUUAGUCGAGCUGGACCCGGUUCCAGUUUUGUCUCUGGCGGUGCUGCUCCGACCGCCGUUUCCACGAAGCGUGCUUUGAGCGAAGUUAUGGUGGACUAG